UCCUUAGCAACCGACAGGACUCUUUCACCUUAGCAACUGCUACAGCUGCCACCAUGGCUGAAGAGGAAGUUCCUGCGGCAUCUGAGAGAGUUCUGAAGAUACAGAGGGUGUUCAUAAACCAGUUGGACACCUACAGCAGCGGAAACAUAGGAAAGUUCCUCUCUAACUGCGUUGCCGGGGCUUCACUGGAAGAGAUUACAGAAGAGGAAGAAGAAGAAGACGAAACAAAGUCAGCAGCCCCAGAAGCUUCCACCGGAAAAGCGAAAGAAGGCACGUUCCAGAUUGUGGGCACCUUGGCCAAGCCAGAGAGUGCCAGGCCUGACUUCGCUGUGGAGACAUACUCGGCUAUCUCCCGGGAAGAUCUCCUCGCACGUCUGCUGGAGUGUGACGUUUGUUCUAUUAACAUCACCGAAAACGUGCAGCAAGUGGAGGAAGCCGUCUGGGCAGUCUCCGCAAUGAAUGAAGAAGUCGUCCAUUUUGAGAAGCGAAAGAUAUUCAUCCUGCUGUCAACGGUGAUGACGUGGGCGAGAUCCAAACCUCUGGACCCUGAGGACACCGAGGUUCCCUUCACAGAAGAGGAUUAUCGAAGAAGAAAACAUCACCCCAACUUCCUGGACCACAUCAAUGCUGAAAAGAUAGUUCUUAAGCUUGGGAAAGCUGGCAAAAAGUUUUCAACUUACGUAGUCGCAGGACUUCAGUAUGGAGUGGAAGGAGGGAUCUUACACGCCUUUUUUAAGAUGGCUUGGCUGGGCGACAUUCCUUGCCUGCCUGUUUUUGGAGAUGGAUCCAAUGUCAUUCCCAGCUUCAUUGUCCUUGAUCUAGCAGGAGUGAUCCAGAACGUCAUAGACCACCUGCCAAAGCUUCACUACCUGGUGGCUGUGGACGAGUCUGUCCACACCCUGGAAGACCUGGUCAAGUGCAUCAGCAAAAAUACUGGCCCUGGAAAAAUCCAGAAAGUACCCAAAGAGAAUGCUUUUCUAACAAAGGACUUGCCCGCCAACCUCUGCUUGCCCCUAACCCUCAGCAACCGUAUCUUGACCACUACUGGUCAACCUGAGAUGGAGGCAUUGUUUGUGAAGGAGAAUUUCAACAUCCGCUGGUCGCCCCAAACAGGGUUUGUAGAGAACAUCGGCAACAUCCUCAAAGAGUACAAGCAAAGCCGAGGAUUACUGCCAAUCAAGAUCUGCAUUCUUGGUCCUCCUGCCGUGGGAAAAUCCAGCAUCGCUGAAGAACUGGUCAAGUACUACAAAACUACAUCACUCAAAAUAAGAGUGAUUACGGAAGCCAUAGCCAAACUGGAGGCGAUUGUUGCACCCAAGGAUACCAGCGAAGGAGAAGAGGAAGGUGAAGAGGAGGAAGAAGAGGAGAAUGUGGAUGAUGCCCAGGAGCUCCUGGAUGGCAUCAAGGAAAGCAUGGAGCAGAAUGCAGGUCGGCUAGAAGAUCAAUAUAUAAUUCGAUUUAUGAAAGAAAAGCUCAAAUCUAUGCCUUGUAGGAACCAAGGUUACAUUUUGGAUGGAUUCCCAAAGACCUAUGAUCAAGCAAAAGACCUGUUCAACCAGGAAGAUGAAGAGGAAGAAGAAGAAGUCAGAGGCAAAAUGUUUCCCUAUGAUAGAUUAAUUACACCUGAAUUCGUGUGUGGUCUGGAUGCCUCUGACGACUUUCUGAAGGAGCGGGUCAUGAACCUCCCAGAGAGCAUCGUGGCGGGAACUCACUACAGUCAAGAUCGAUUCCUCCGGUCUCUGAGCAACUACCGGGACAUCAAUACCGAUGACGAGACGGUCUUCAACUACUUUGACGAAAUUGAAAUCCACCCAAUACACAUUGAUGUAGGAAAACUCGAAGAUGCCCAGAACAGACUUGCUAUUAAACAGCUCAUCAAAGAGAUUGGGGAGCCUCGGAAUUAUGGCUUAACAGAUGAAGAAAAGGCAGAAGUAGAAAAGAAGGCUGCGGAGGAACGCCUGGCCAAGGAGGCUGCUGAGACGGCCGAGCGUGAACACAAGGAGGCCAUGGAGAUGGCCGAGAGGAUCGCCCGCUGGGAGGAGUGGAAUAAACGGCUAGAGGAAGUGAAGAGAGAAGAGAGGGAGCUGCUGGAGGCGCAGUCCAUCCCCCUGAGAAACUACCUGAUGACUUACGUGAUGCCCACGCUCAUGCAGGGGCUCAAUGAGUGUUGCAAGGUGAGACCUGAGGACCCCGUGGAUUUUCUGGCAGAAUAUCUCUUCAAGAACAACCCUGACAUGCAAUAA